AUGUCAUCAAAUAACUCUUUAUGGCCGGGUACUAUUCACUUUAAUGAGACUUAUAUGAAUUAUCAAGUUGAAUAUAAUGGAUUUGCACAAAUAUUUGCUGUUAUUCCUUGGAUUUAUAUACUUCCUAGUUUCCAUAUAAUUUGUAAAAUAUUAGCAAUUAGUAUGACAACAAAUUGGAAGAAACCAGAGCCUGGAAUCAACCCACACGUAUUUUUAGUUAUUUCUUUUUCACAACUCACCGUUUUUGUAUUUUUCCUAUUCGAUUAUUUGAUGCAUAGACUUCCUUCAACAGGGUUAUUUACAUCAUGGUGUGCAUCUAAUCCACCAACUCAUUUUCUAAAAAUUAUUUUUAUGACUGCCUAUUAUACUAAUUAUUCUGCAAUGAUUUUUCCAUUUUUAAUGCCUGUUGUCAGAUUGGUUGUGGUCGGUUUUCCUAUGAGCAAUUUUAGGUUAAACUCAGUUUUAUUGAAAAUUGGAGUUCCUCUAAUUUGGAUAUAUCCGUUGUUUUUCACAUUUUUCCUUAUUCCGGCUGUAGGUGUCUGUCGUCAACUGAGUUCACCUUAUCCACUUGGAGCUGUUCACAUUUACUACGCAAAUGCUGCCUUUGGGAUGAGAAACUCCUAUUUAUACCUCUACAACACUGUUGCUUGGUUAAGUCUAUCCAUUUUGGCCAACAUUCUACUCUUUUUGAAAGUUUUACAAGCAAAAUCUCAAAUAGUGAGCUUACAAAAACAAAGUGUUUCUUAUAAAGCUGAAUUGUCAAUAACAAUAACUACUAUUGUUAUGAUUAUUUUUUAUGUUAUUAAUGGAGGAUUUAUUUUGAUGUAUCUUCUUUUCUAUGGCACAAACUCUUACUUUUCAUUACUUGUCGUUAUCAAACCAUUUGCUAAUGAUUUGCAAACUUGUGUGGUUCCGUGGAUUUUUUAUUUGACUCAUCCUGUUUUUAAAACUUCAAUGUCGAAUGACGCUGUAUUUUCAACAACUUCUUUCCGAAGACGAAUUAAUUAA